AUGGGAUGUCGCGAUGUCUGGAUUUAUCUUGACAGAAACGCCGCUCCGGAUGAGGAAAUAAAACAAAAGCCAAGGAAGGGAGUGAUUGGCGCAUUCGGUCUUCUCACCCUGAUUGUUUGCUGUCUUAGACUCUAUCUUCGGGGAUUUAUCAUGCACGCUCUCGGUCUGGAUGAUUGUCUUGUUCUUCUUGCCCUGGCCAUGGUCCUUGUGUUCGCGGCCCUCUCCAUCAUUCUUACAACGUACGGGAUUGGCUACCAUCAGGAUACUGUUCCUACUGCAGAUAUGAUCAUGACGGAGAAGUACGUAUAUAUCUUGUUCUGCCUGUAUCUCUGGGUGGCCUUGGCUGUCAAAUGUAGCCUUACUGUUUUCAUCAUGCGGGUUUUCCCAACCAAAUGGAUCCGGCGGAUUGGUCUGGGAAUCAUGGUGCUCAUGGUCAUCGUGACAAUUUCGGGGGAAUUACCCUUGAUCUUCCAGUGCUGGCCAGUGCAGGCAGCGUGGGAUUCGACCAUUCCUAACUCGAAGUGCUUUUCCAAUGCUGUGUUAGAGGACCUCCAGCUGUAUCAGGCAAUACUGAUGUUAUUAUUCGAUGUGAGCAUUAUCACUCUUCCGAUGCCGACUAUCUGGAAGCUUCAAAUGCCUAUUCAGCGUCGUUUAUUCAUUGUUGGACUGUUUUGUCUUGGAUUUGUGGCAUGCAGUGCCGGGCUGGCACGCAUCCCGCUGUUGGACUUCCAGGUUAACUCAACUGACUAUACAUACGUUGGUGCUGUUCCACUUAUAUUGAUGAACGUCGAAUAUGCGCUCGGCCUAAUCACCGGUUCUUUACCUUCGUUGCGCGUGCUUCUUAGAAACAUUCCGGGGCUAAACAGCAGCAAAAAGAGCACCGAUCCGAGCCGAGAUUGGAGAAACGGUCCUGGUCAUAGCGGAUACCAGCUCAGCGAACGGAGUCACUGGGCCCAUAAAUUUAAGGGCAAGGGUAAGCUCGAUCUUGAGAGUUGCGAUAACGAAAGCCAGCAGCGGAUAGUCGUAACCACGACAGUGGAACAGGUAUAGAUACUGCUG